CCGGCUCCUCUACGCACGCAGCCCGGCCAAGUGGCUCUGGCAAGCAUAUCUCACGCAGAACGUUUCUGCUGCCCUGCCCUUCAGAGGCCAACAGGUGGUUGUUUCUUUUGCAAACCUGUCAGCCCACUUGCUGUCAGGGAGGUUUCUCUGCACCCUCACUCAGCCCCAAACCACCCUGCUGCUUGCCACACAUUUCUAGCUCAGGGCUGAGAGGUGCAUUUCCUCCUGUGCAAGGAGAAAUAGUAUUGACACCUUGGUUGUGACCUGCUGCCAGCUCUUCUGGUUACAAGGCAUGAGGGAAUGCAUUGCAGCUCCUGGAGCCGGACAUCACCAAAGCGCCUGGAAGACAUAAAUCAGGAGGAAUUUGGCCUGAGGCAGAGAAGAAAACUUUGCAGAAGCUGAUCUCUGAGGAGGUGAAGAUUUUACGAGCAUUUUGGAGCCGAAAUCAACCCCACCUGGCCCAACGCAUGAUGCUGAGUUUGAAGUUGCCCAGGCAACUCAGUAUUAAUCAAGUGCCUAAAGUGUUUCGGGAGCAAGGCAUCCUGUUUGGGUACCGCCACCCGAGAAGCUCUGCCGCAGACUGUCUCCUCAGCGUCUUCCAGAUGACAAAUGAAACGCUAAACAUAUGGACGCAUUUUUUGCCUGCCUGGUACUUCCUAUGGAAGCUGCUUUCCUUUUCCUAUUCGCUGGAUAUCUGGAGUGACACCUACACCUGGCCCUUUCUCAUCUACAUGCUCACGUGCUGUAUCUAUCCUUUCACAUCCAGCUGUGCUCAUACUUUCAGUACGAUGUCCACCCAGGCGAGACAUCUUUGUUAUUUCUUUGAUUACGGUGCCCUUAGUAUGUACAGCUUGGGUUCUGCAAUUGCUUAUUCGGCAUAUACUUUCCCAGAAGAAUGGAUUGAUAGCACUUUCCAUCGCUGUUACGUACCCCUUGCUGUGCUUAAUACCGUCGUUAGCACUGGCCUUUCCUGCUACUCCAGGUUCUCAGAGAUUCAGCAACCCAGGCUCAGUAAAACUCUUCGCAUGCUGGCUUUUGUGUAUCCGUACCUGUUUGACAGCACCCCCCUCUUCUACCGGCUCUAUCUGUGUACUGGGGAGAGCUGCAUGGAAAGCGUAAUUCCAAUCCACUACAGGCACUGUGUGUUUGCCUUCCUCACCGGUUUCAUUUUUGCUUCACAUCUGCCUGAGAGGCUUGCACCAGGACGCUUUGACUAUAUUGGGCACAGCCAUCAGCUUUUCCAUGUGUGUGGGAUUAUGGGCACACACUUCCAAAUGGAGGCCAUCUUUAUGGACAUGAAUGUACGCCGCGACUGGCUCUUAGCUUUCUCACCACUUCUCUCUCUUUCUGAAACAGUUGGUUCAAUUGGUAUCUCCAUUAUCAUCAACCUAACUAUCAUUGGGGUUUUCUCAAGGGCUCUCUAUUCAACACCAAAGUCCACUAGGAAAGAAAAACAACAUAGGUAUUAAACUUUAAAUAGAGAUUGAUUUUCGUUACAUUGCUACAAAUGAGAACUACAAUGUAACAUUAGUACUGGAUCAAUGAAGGCGGUGAGGUUUUUUUAAUGUAUGUUUUUUAUAGGGGAAGGCACUCAAGGCGUUUUCAAGAGUGAACCAUUUUAUAUUGCACUACUUUUUGUACACGACUUCAACGUUGGAGACAGAUUGUGAAAUGUUUUAAAUCAGGUCAAGUUGAUAUUUUAGCAUGAAAUUAUUUAGGAAAGAAUCCAAACACUGUUAAAGGGAGAAGUGUCAUAUAUUGCAAGCCCGUAUUUGAAUAGCAGAUUUAAUCCACGUGAUGAAGCCCACUGUGGUAGCAUCUAAGUCAAUAGCUCUUUAUCUGAUUGAUUUUGUUCACUGCUUUAGAGAGGAAACAGGAGGCUUGAUUAUUUUGAUUAUAACAGGAUAGUAGAUUUUGCUCAUGCCAGACGUGGGUAUAUUUUUUAUAAUUAAGUGGGGCCAAGUUAAUGCCAAUUUUGUAGCUAACUUCAAUAAGAGCCAAGAUUUCACACUAGAAUCCUAGCUGAAAUGUCCCUAGGAUUGGGCCUUCCGGUUCUUCCCUAAGGAGAUUAUUCCACAGUGCGAGUUCACUGUUAACAUGUUUUUCUGAUAUUCAGUCUAAAUUUCCUUGGCCUGACCCUGCACUUAUUUAGGGUCGGAUCCAAGCCCAAUGAAGUCAGUGGUAGGGAUGUUAAAGGUUAACUGGUUAGCAUAUUCCUUAACCAGCAUGCUUACUGGCUAACUGCAGGCCCCCUCUACUCCCCUCCCCCUCAGGGCGCUGGCCAGACCGUGGUUGCUGUAGGGCCGGAGCAGCCGCUGCUGCUGGCAGUUAACCGGGUAAACAAAUUGUUUAACUGGCUAACUAUUCUGGGCCAUUUUUAUAUCCCUAGUCAGUGGGAGUUUUCCAUUGAGUGCAGUGAUCUGUAAUUUGGGUUCUUAUGUCAUUCUUACUUUGGGGACUGACAUAAGACAAAUUCCUCUGACUUCAGCAGUUAUUCCUGAUUUACGGUAAUGUGAAUGAGAGGAGAAAUAAGCCUCCAUUACACUAUGAAUCCAGUGUAAACAGACACCUCCUUGAAAGACUAGCACUGAAAAGCCAUCACGAUUGAAGUCUGGAGUCAUAAACUUGGGCCUGGAAGCAGGUGGUACCUAGUGAUUGGACUGACACUCGGCUGGUGACCAGAGAGAUAAUAGGCUAGGUUGUAAUGUUCAUUAAGAGUAUUUUCACGAUUUUUUUUAUACUUAGGAGUGGUGCUGCUCGUAUGUCUCAAGCUUUGAGAUUAUCUGUAUAUUAGAUUAUCUAAUACGUUGCAAUAAAAUAUUUAUUGGGUACAUAA